AUGUCGGACAACAAUGGCCGUCGCCUGUCCUUCAUUGUAUGCUUCGUUAUCUUCAUUCUUGGCAACAUUGGUCUUGCGUUGCAGACAAACUACGUUGCUUUACUGAUUUUGCGGAUGUUGCAGGCGAUCGGUGGAACUGCUGCAAUUGCGUUGACUUACGCAGUCGUUGCGGACAUUGCCACGUCCGCUGAAAGAGGCAAAUACAUGGGAUAUGCUGGAGCCGGUAUUCUUUUUGGCCCUGCGUUUGGCCCCACAAUCGGCGGGAUCCUGGCGCAGUACCUUGGAUGGCGAGCGAUAUUUUACUUCCUCGCCGUCUUUUCAGGCGUACUGCUAGUGUUGUUUAUAUUCCUCUUCCCGGAGACUUGCCGGAACGUCGUGGGUAACGGCUCGAUUCCCGCCAGGGGCGUCAAUCAGUCCGUCUUGGGCUGGUGGCAGCAUCGAAUGCAAGGGCCUGAUGCUACAGGAGGAGGCCUCAAGCCGCAGAAACGCAAGGUUGCGUUUCCAAAUCCCUUUGCAACCUUCAAGAUUAUUGCAGAGAAAGAGUCUGGCAUCAUCUUGCUAUACAAUGGCUUCUUCUUCACAGGCAUGAUGGUCACUGUCAGUGCGAUUCCCGCUCUCUAUGGUAACGCAUACCAUCUCAACGAGCUCAAUCUUGGUCUUUGCUACAUCGCCAAUGGCAUGGGUUCGCUGCUUUCGUCGCUGACAAUGGGCCAUGUUGUGGAUUGGAAUUUUAGACGGCAUGCAAAGGCCAUAGGCAUGACAAUUGAGAAAGGAAAACAGCAAGAUCUGACUUACUUUCCCAUCGAGCGCGUAAGGAUGCAGAUUGUUAUUCCAGGUCAUGUCAUUGGUAUUCUUGGUCUCAUCGCGUUCGGAUGGACAGUCAAGUUCCAGACGCAUAUUGCCGGCCCCGAAAUAUCUCUCUUUGUGAUCGGAUUCGGCAUUACUGCAAUCAACUUUGCCCGUUGUCUCAUGUCGGCAGGUGGAAGCGCGGCGAUCGUCCCUAUGUGCAACGCGAUGAACCCUGGGUGGGCAUUCACCUUCCUUGCCUUGGUAUACGUGGCGUUAAUAGCAGUUGUGCUGCUUGUCAUGAGAGACGGCAUGAAAUGGAGACAAAAUCUGGAAGAGAAGAAGAGGAUCAGAGAAGAGAGGCAGGAACAGUCUUGA